AGCGAGCGACUCAUCCUCAUCCUCGCCCUCACCCUGAAGAUAGAGAAAGAAACUAGAAGGAGCAAAAAACAAGAAAAGAAAAGAAAACAGCACCAAUUCCUGUCAAAUUCAUGGAAGAAGAAGAAGAUCCAACAGUCUGUGCCCUAAUCACAGACCUAGAAGAAACCCUAAACACUCAAAACCAAUCACAAUCACUUCCUUUCACUCUCUCAACCCUCCAAAAACUCCAAUCUCUCCUAGAUUCAAAUGACCCCCAAAUUCUUUCUCAACUCCUCUCCAGUCUCUCCUCUAAAUCCUUCUCUUUAUCUUCUCUUCUCCCCUCUCUCACUUCCGCAAUGGACUCGGCCCCUACGCACCUUUCCCUCCUAUCCUCAAAAAUUUACCUCUCUCUUAUUCUUUUCCCUAAUUCCCCAGUUUUCACUCUUUUCAAUCCCAUUUCUUUUCUCGCUCUCCUUCGUUCGCUUCGCCGGGCUGUUAAGUCCCCACGCUGCUGCCCACAAGAAGGAAAUUCUUCGGGAGUGGCUAAGAAGAGAAAAGGGAGGAAAAGAGGAGGGAUUGUUGCGUGUAAUAAUGGGGGUGGUGAUGGGGAUGGGGGUGAGAGUGAGGGUGGGGGUGAGGGUUUUUUUGAUGUGAGAGUUUUUUUAUGUGUUAUUGAGAGAUUAGUAUUUGUUUUAGACUUGAUUCACUUGAACAGGUUUCCUGAUAGUUUGAAGUCUUUGGUUCAAACUAUAGUGGAAAUUCUGGUUUUGGCGACCAGUAGGGAAAUGGAUGGGGGGUUUGAGAGAUUGGCGGGUUUGUGUUCGAAGAUUUUGUGUCAAGUUUUGAAAUCUGAGCAUGGAGAGGAAGGGGAGACAGCGGCGGAGGUUUUGAGGGCGUUAGCGCCGUUGAUUUUGAUGGGGAAAUCGCAAGCGAGGAGCUUUGCUUUGGGGUUUGUGAAGAGUUUGAUGGUGGGUGCGGGGAAAACAAGCGACGGGUUUAAGAAGGGGGUGGUGAAUUUGCCGCGGUAUUUAGCUCAAAAGGCUCCAGAGAAGGCGGAGCCUCGAGGGUUCGCAGUGGAGGCGAUAAUAGAGAUUGUUAGAGUGAUGGACGUAGAGCACCAAGUUGGGUUUGCUGAGUAUGUGGUGAAAAUGACACAAGGGAAGGCCAGUCUUAGGCUUUUGGGAGUGGAUUUGAUUUUGAAUUUAAUGAUGUUGCUUAAAGAUCCGUUUAUUGGAGUGGGUUUGGAUUGUAAAGUGAAGGAUUCGUGGGGUUUUAAAUGUGUGGAAGCAUUGAUUCAGCGUUGCUCGGAUUCGAGUUCUGGAAUUCGAGCUCGUGCUUUGUCUAAUUUGGCUCAGUUGGUGGGGUUUUUGUCGAGUGAUGAUAAGAAUCAUGAUGUUUUGAAGGAAGUAACAGGAUUUGGGGAAGUGGAGGUGGAAGUUGGGGUAAAUGAUAUUUUGAGGAAAAGGUGCAUGGAUGAGAAGGCAAAUGUUAGGAAGGCUGCACUUGUUUUGGUAACCAAGUUGAGUGCUAUUUUGGGUGGCAAUUUUGAUGGAGUUGUGCUCAAGACUAUGGGCAUGGCUUGUUCUGAUCCACUUGUGAGCAUACGUAAAGCCGCAAUUUCUGCUCUGUCAGAGGCUUGUAGAACAUUUUCAGAUGAAAGUGUGAUAAUUGAGUGGCUACAUUCUGUUCCACGAUUAAUAACAGAUAAUGAAAGUAGUAUUCAAGAAGAAUGCGAGAACUUGUUCAUGGAACUGGUUUUGGAUCGCAUUUCCAGAGUAGGAUCCGAGGGUACCAUACGCAACCAGACCACUUUCUCUGAUUCCAAUGUUAAAGCAAAAGAUAUAGAAAGGGAGAUUGGGCUGCUCUUUCCAGGAAUCUUGGUUCUUUUGAAGGAAAUCUGCAAUGGAGAGGUGACACCUUGGGUGAAGAAAAUCUGCACAAGCUUGGGUAAGAAGAAACGACUGAGGCCUAAAAUUGCUAUAGCAUUACAGAACAUCAUAAAGACUUCUGAGUCUUAUUGGGUGAGCAAUUCCAUGCCAAUAGAGAAGUGGACAGCUCCACCUGGUGCUUGGUUUCUUCUAUCAGAGGUGUCAGCGUACCUUUCAAAAGCUGUUGACUGGGAGUUUCUCCAUCAUCACUGGCAGCUCCUUGACAAGUACAGAGCAGUAGGUGAGUUUAAGAGUCCAUGUCCUAAAGAAUUUAUGCAUGAAGAUGAAGAUGGCAUAGAGUCCAGCUCUGUUGAAUGGGUUAGCGAUCGUGUUUUUCUCCUGCAAACAAUCUCAAAUGUUUCUGUUGAGCUGCCCCCUGAACCUGCAGCAGAGUUAGCUCAUAACUUGCUCAUAAGAAUUGAAGAGUUCAGCAUGCAUUCAACAGAGGUUAAUGCUCAUGUUAAAGCACUCAGAACCUUGUGCAAGCGGAAGGCUUUGGAUGCUGAUGAAGCUGAGAGUCUUGUCAUCAAAUGGGUACAGCAGCUUCUCUCUAAAGCUUCUCGGAUCUUGGAGAAGUACAUCACAGGAGAUUCAGAAACAAACAAGGGGGAUGCUUUUUUCACACCUCCUAGAAGUGCGACUAGGAAGGGAAAGAGAGCUGCAGUCCUAUCUAGAUUGUUGUCAGAAGCAGUAACUGCAGUUUAUUCCAUUGGGUUUUUGGUUAUCAUUUGUCCUUCAGCGGAUACUAGCACCAUUAUUCCUCUACUACACACCAUCAUCACUUCAGGAAAUUCUGAUCCAAAAUUAAGUAAAUUGCCAGGCCCUCAAGUCUCUCUGAAACAGACAGCUCCCUCUUUGUACAUUCAAGCAUGGUUAACAAUGGGAAAGAUUUGCUUAGCAGACGAAGAACUUGCAAAAAGAUAUAUUCCUUUGUUUGUGCAGGAGCUUGAAAAGAGUGACUCUGCAGCUCUUAGAAACAAUCUUGUUGUAAUGAUGGCUGAUUUUUGCAUUCGCUAUACUGCUCUAGUUGAUUGUUACAUAUCGAAGAUCACCAAGUGUCUCCGUGAUCCAUGUGAACUUGUGAGGAGGCAGACAUUUAUACUGCUUUCAAGAUUGUUGCAGAGGGACUAUGUGAAGUGGAGGGGAGUGCUCUUCCUUCGAUUUCUUUUGUCACUAGUUGAUGAGUCAGAAACGAUAAGACAAUUGGCUGAUUUCCUCUUUGGGAAUAUUCUAAAAGUCAAGGCACCGCUUCUAGCUUACAACAGUUUUGUGGAAGCUAUUUUUGUUCUGAAUGACUGUGAUGCCCAUAAUGGGCAUUGUGGUUCUAAAAGUUCACAAACAGAGAGCCAUCUAUUUUCCAUCAGGGGUAAUGAUGAAAACUCAAGGUCUAAAAGAAUGCACAUCUAUGUUUCUUUGCUGAAACAAAUGGCUCCUGAGCACCUCUUGGCAACAUUUGCAAAGCUGUGUGCUGAGAUUCUUGCAGCUGCAUCAGAUGGCAUGCUCAAGUUGGAGGAUGUCAGGGGACAGUCUGUUCUGCAGGAUGCUUUUCAAAUUCUUGCGUGCAAAGAGAUCCGAAUCCCAUCAGGCCGUGGAUCACAGACUGAUGCGGGAGAUGUAGAGGAAGAAAGUGGAGACGGUGGAGUCUCUGCAGCAGCUGCCAAGAGAGGGGCCAUAACUCAAGCAGUGAAGAAGGGUCUUAUUCAAAAUACCAUCCCCAUCUUUAUAGAGCUUAAACGACUACUAGAAAGCAAGAACAGCCCACUUACAGGUUCGCUCAUGGAAUGUCUCCGGAUUAUUCUCAAGGAUUACAAGAAUGAGAUUGAUGAAAUAUUAGUCGCUGACAAGCAACUUCAGAAAGAGCUCAUUUACGAUAUGCAAAAAUACGAAACAUCCAAGGCAAAAUCAGCAGCUGCCGUGGUUGUAGCCUCUAUGCAAAACCAUAGCAGCUUUCUUUCACCUGGGGCUUCUAAGACUGCAGGUGGAACAAAAGCUCAGGAUAACUUAAAUGAAAACCCCCAAAGUGAUUCAAGAGUGGCAUCGGCGAUGGCAAAUGCAGUUGCUGAAGCUAGAGUCAGGUCUGUGCUAAGAGAAGUUAACAGAGGAAUAACAACACCACCACUUAGCUCCAUUAGUAGGCCUAAACUCAAGCCAAACCAGGAAGGUACUGGUGCUCGAACUGAUCGUCCUCCACAUGUAUUAGAAUCGCUGAGAAGGAGACAGAGUUUCUAUUCUGAUGAUGAAAACUGAUUUCUAAAGUUUCUCUUCCUGCCAUCUGAAAAAUACUGAAGCAUCAAGUUGGGGGUUUAGAUAUGUAAUUUUUAUUUAUUAUCAUCACAGUGCAGCUAACAUAUAUCAAAGCAAAAACCAGUUUUGAUGUCCUGAACAAGAUAUAGUUCAGUUUUGGGUUACUGAACACUAUAUAUUCUGUAUGUAGAUACUAGCAAGUUUUAUGAAAUUCUUCCUCUCUUCGUAUUCA